GUAGCAGCAGCCAGCACUGGAGGGGAGAAGCAGUGACCUGAAGGCAGAGCUGCGCUGGAACCCGGCAGCAGCUGGGGAGCAGGCGCUGGAGCACCCAGCCCAGCAGAGCUGAGUGGUGACAGGGGAGCUGCAGGCCCAGAGCUGGGGAGCAGCCGCCUGCUGUGCCCCAAGUGACACCGGAGCCGGUGCGGAAUAGAAACUGAAAGGGAGAACAGUACACUACUAAACCUCGACAGCACUGGAUGCUGUAGUUAGGGAAAACCAUGGCUUCUGGCUGGAGCAGAGGUCACUUGACUGACUGCACUAUCCAGAGGUGGAAGAUACAACCAAAGGAGUUCAAGGACAUUUAUGACCCGUGUGCACUUCCCAGGGUGACUUAUCUGCUCUAUGAAAUUAAAUGGGGCAACAGCUCCAAGAUAUGGAGAAAGUGGUGCCGAAACAGCAGCACCCAGCAUGCUGAAAUCAACUUCCUGGAAAAUGCCUUCAAGGAAAGAUCUUUCAAUCCUUUGACCCACUGUUCUAUCACCUGGUUCCUCUCCUGGAGUCCUUGCUGGAAAUGUUCCCAAUCUGUGGUAGAGUUCCUGAAGACAUACGCCAAAGUGAACCUAGAAAUGUAUGUAUCACGGCUCUUUAGGCAUGAAAACAGAAGCAACCGUCUAGGCCUGCGUGACCUGUUGAUGAAUGGAGUAACCAUUAAAGUCAUGGACCUCUCAGCUUACAACUAUUGUUGGAGAACAUUUGUCAACCUUCAAAAGGUAGAAGACUACUGGCCUUGGCACCUCACCCUGUGGAUAAUGUUCUUUUCUUUUGAACUCCAGCUUAUCCUUCAGGGCUCCACAGCCAGUUUACAGAUCUGGCCUGCAAGUAGCAAUCAGAUUCCGAGUUUCAGUCUUAUUCCACCAGAAUAUUGUCACCUAAUGCCUCUGCAAAGGGUCGGCACAGAAGCCAGUCACGUGAAGUCAUCACGUGACUGGCCUGAAUCAAUGGCCUGUCACCAGCAACUGCUAGUGUUUGGGCCUGGACCAAUAGCCAAUCACCUGCAACAGCCAAUGUUUAGGCCUGGACCAGCAAUCAGUCAUCAUCAGCCACGAGUGUUUGAGCCAGGACUAUCGACCAGUCACCAUCUGCAACCUGUGUUUAGGCCAGCACUACCAGCCAAUCAAUGACAGCAACAGGAUUGAGGCCUAGACCAUUAGCCAAUCAACCGCAACAACAAAGUAAUAGGCUCUGGAAUAGAUCCCCUUGGAUCUCUAUAGGAAAUAAACCCCUGUGAGUCCCCUCAUAGUUUGCACGUACGUAAACUAGGGGAAACACAUUUUAACAUACUUCAGCCAAUAUCCUUAUUAUGAAUAACCCUAAACAUGCGUUUCUCCUAUGAAUAGUUUUGUGAGGAAAUAAUUUGUGAUGCUGUGACACUCUGUACCUUAGGGGAACACCCUCAUUCUCCCCAUGUUCUUCUUUAUAAAAUUAUUUUGUGGCAUCCAAUGCAAAGCUUGUCAUGUUGGGAGUCUUCGGAAGGCUCAUGAUGCACCAAGCAUGGUUGUUAUAGUGAUGUUAUAGUAAUUG